AUGGACGCUGAGAAGUCAAUCGUCACUACGGCAAAGAAUGACAGCCACAUUGCUUCCCGUCAAGCUGAUGCAGCAUUGGAGUAUCUCCAAACAGGAGAAGUAGCGACGUUCUCCGAGGUAGAAGAGAGACAGCUUGUUCGGAAGAUCGACCGCAUGAUUGUGCCUCUCAUGUGGGCGAUCUAUUUCCUUCAAUACCAAGAUAAGAUCCUAAUCAACUAUGCGUCGGUGAUGGGCCUGCUGGAUGACACGGGGAUGCGGACGGAUCAGUUCCCCCACUUGGCAUUGGUAUUCUACGCGUCAUACCUUUUCUUCGAACUUCCGACCGGGUAUCUGAUGCAGCGUCUGCCAACGGCGAAGUACUUGGGACUGAACGUCACACUCUGGGGUCUGUUGACCACUCUGAAUUGCGUUGCAAAGAAUUUCGCCGGGCUUGUUGUUCUCCGCGUGCUUCUGGGAUGCUUUGAGAGCGCUGUAGCACCCGCGUAUGACCUCCUCAACGUUGGAACCUACCGAGCUAACGAUACUAGUCUGAUAUUGAUCACUUCGAUGUGGUAUCGCAGAAAUGAACAACCAAAACGUAUGGGCCUGUGGUACUUGGGAACAGGCACAGCAACGAUUGUCGGAGCCUUGGUUGCGUACGGUCUGCUCUUCUACACGACCGAUGAGUUCUACUCAUGGCAGAUCAUGUUCCUGAUCUUCGGACUGUUGACCAUCGCUGUUGGGGUCACAGUCAUUGUCAUCUUCCCCGACAACCCUAUGACCUCCCGACUUAGCCACGAGGAGAAGAUUAUGGCCAUCGAGCGCCUCCGCGAGAACCGCACCGGCAUUGAGAACAAGAAGUUCAAGUGGAACCAGUUCCUCGAGGUAUUCACUGAUCCGCAAGCCUACCUGAUCGCUAUCAUCGUUUCAGCGAGCAACAUCAGCAACGCCGCCAUCAGCAGCUUCUCUGCGCUGAUCAUCAAGAACUUUGGCUUCACCACCAAGGAGACCGAGUUACUCACCAUUCCCGGUGGCGUGGUCAGCGUAAUCAGUAUCCUUGCAGGAACACACCUGGCCGGGCGCUUCGACCAGCGAUGUCUUUGCGUUCUGGGCAUUCUGGGCUGCGGUCUUCUAGGCGGCUGUCUGAUGGCCUUUGCACCGAGUGACAACAAAGGCGCGAUGCUGGCGGGCAACUACUUAAACAACUGCGUCGGAUCCGCCCUGCCCCUGAUGUACUCGAUCGCGGGAGCCAAUGUGGCCGGGCAUACCAAGAAGGUGACGAUGAACGCGAUCGUGCUCAUGUCGUUCUGUCUCGGAAAUAUCCUGGGUCCGUUGUCCUUCGGCACGCAGGACGAGCCGGAGUACAUGCCCGCCAAGGUCGCCAUUGUGGCUACCGUCUCGGUGGCGAUCAUGUUCACGGGGCUUCUCAAGUGCUAUUACAUCUGCGAGAACCGCCGCAGGGAGAAGAAUGGCCGCAGUGAGCAACAUCAGGAAAACCCCGAAUUUCUCGACUUGACCGACAGGGAGAAUCUUGAGUUCAGGUACAAGCAUUAA